AUGGGUAAACUCGAUGGGAAGAUUGCUCUCAUUACGGGUGGUUCUGAGGGUAUUGGUUUAGCUACUGCUAAGCGGUUUCUUGCUGAAGGCGCAGCGCAUGUCUUCAUUACUGGACGACGCAAAGAAGUGCUUGACGAAGCUGUGAAAAAACUGGGUGAUAAAAAUGUAACCGCAGUACAGGGUGACGCAUCCAAUAUGGCUGAUCUCGACAGGUUAUACAGCUUGAUUCAGAAGGAGAAGGGUCGUCUGGACAUUCUUUUUGUCAAUGCAGGUGGAGGAACAUUCGCACCGCUCGGCUCGAUCACUGAAGAACAUUUUGACGAUACUUUCAACCUCAAUGUGAAAGGAGUGCUCUUCACCGUCCAAAAAGUCUUGCCAAUAUUCACCGAUGGCGGAUCGAUCAUUCUCAAUGGAUCUAUCGUAUCCGUUAAAGGACUCUUUGCUACGAGCAUCUACAGUGCUGCGAAGGCAGCUCUUCGCUCUUUCGCGCGUUGCUGGACGGUGGACUUAAAAGAGCGCAAAAUCCGCGUCAAUGUUUUGAAUCCAGGACCAAUCGACACACCCUUAUUCAGAUCUCUAGGAAGCACCGAAAAAGAAAAGAGGGCAUUUGUCGCUGGCAUGGCAGCUGGCACUGUAAUGAAUCGCGUUGGCGAGCCUGAUGAAAUUGCCACAGCUGUCGUCUUUCUCGCUUCGGAUGAUAGUAGUUACGUGACGGGCAUCGAACUUUUCGUCGAUGGAGGCGCAGCACAAAUUUAA